AUGGUAGCCAGCAACUCGUUAAGUUUUCUCGAUUGGCUGGCACACCCAUCUGUCCUUCUUGAUGGACAGAAGUUUGGCGUGGGGAUAGUCUUUUUAAGCCUGUUGCACUUGUGUAUUUGCUUUAUUUUAUUAGGUGUUUGUGCUUCGGACUACCUCUGCCCUAAUGUAUCCAGUUUGACAAGAGGCAAGUCUGGUACACCAACCAAAGGUGUUUUAACUGCGGUUAUUCUCGCAUGGUGCAACUCUUCUCCAGAUUUGUUCUCUAAUUUCAUGAGCUGGACCUCAUCGAAUGCUGCUGCCCUUUCCGUUGGUGAAGUAUUAGGAGCGUGCGGAUUUAUAUUAUGCGUUGUUCAAGGUGCUAUUUUUAUCAGUAUGUCUACCGCGUCGCUUGACAUUUCGGAGGGCCAAAAACAGAAUGUUUUGCGCGAUUUGAGCUUCGUUGUAUUGUCGGUUUUGCUGAUACUUUACAUGUCGUUACGGAAUGAAGUCACACUAUUGAACUGUAUCUUCAUGCUUGCCCUUUAUGUCGUUUACAUGGCGUCGAAGAUCAAAUACGGGUAUCGAGAAUCUCGCGCGCUCGAUGACGACGACGAGCAGGAACUGACACGUUCAAUUGUAAGCCAGGAUCUUCAACAGGAAGCAGAUUAUCUAUUAAAGGCCGAAACUGGUGCCAAGGGGAGUAUGCUUACGGUCCUCGAUUACAACCAUCUUAUGUCCAUGAUGGAAAAUUCACCGCUCGACAACGACGAUAUAUCGCUGAAAACCAUUAAUCCUCCACAAACACGCGACGCAGCGGAUCCUCCACGGCCAGCAACAGAUCCAAUCUUCACUUCAGAAUUUACAGACGUAUUGCAACAACGUGAACAGCAAUCAUUCUCGUCUCCUGCCAGUUUUAAGCCUUUUUCGGAUAGUCCAGACUUAGUUGAUUCUGUACCAGUUGUGGAAAGACAUAAGCCAAUAGACUUCCACGAUCUAGCCCAGAAGAGACUUCAGAGACUUAAAUCUGGCAUCACGUACAUGUUCUUUCCUCAGCUGGCGGACUUCCGUGAAAAAAAUUGGAUUGGCCAGAUUCUGGCGCUGGCCCUCGCACCCUUUACCAUCCUUUUUCGGUUAACAUGUCCCCCCUGCGCCGACCUUUUCACAAUUGAGGACCAAAAACCCUCAUCGAGACUUUCACACAACAUUUUGUUGUGCAUCCAGGGCGUUACGAUACCUGCGGCCUUCAUGAUUUUACUUCUUUCACUGGCUCAAUUGCGCAUGAAUUGGUUUUUCUUCAUUCCGCUGGUUUUAGUCUCAGCUGCCGUGGUGGGAGCUGUUAUACAUCUCUCGCAGCUUGUCAGAAGAGCACAGACGUUUUCCUUGAAUUCAGAGCUGUCCGCGCACCAUAGCGACGAAAAAAGAAUAAAAACGUAUACUAAGAUCCUCUCGACCGCUUACAUGUUUUUGAGUAUCGUGAAUUCUAUUUUGUGGAUGUCCGUUCUCGCACAGGCCCUCAUUGAGAUUAUAGUAGUGUAUCAAAAACACACAGGCGUGUCUGAGGGCGUUCUCGGGCUUACAAUAUUCUCGUGGGGCAAUUCUCUCAGCGAUUUAAUGGCAAAUGUCGCCAUGUGUAGGCUUCACCGCUAUGUAAAAGGUGUUGAUGCCCCAGAAAGAACUAUGUGGUCAUCAAGGUUUUUCUUCAUAGCUAUUUCUGCCUGUCUAGGUGGUGUUCUUCUCAAUUCCUUGAUAGGAAUUGGACUUAGUGGGUUGGUGGCCAUGCUGUCGGGUGCGUCGCAUGUGAAAAAAGGUAAAUGGUGGUUCGACAAGUCCGUCAGUCUCGGUGCUGCGUCCGUCGACGCCAAAUUUUGCAUUUCGGCAGCAGCUGUUCUGAUUCAAACAAUGUUCCUGAUUAUUAUGUUCUGUACAUCUUCAAAGCUCUUUGAACUUUGUAUGAGCAAACUCAAGGUUUUUGGUUUGGGCAUGUGCUCUUGGUGGGGGGUAACGACGUUGAUCAACAUCUUCAUAGAGACAUUUGGCUCUUAA